UUGUCCAUGAAUGGGGUAGUGGAGAAAUGGGUAUGUGAAGGGGUAAGGUUGUGUUUUAUGAGGGAAAGUCCGAUUUAUUUGAAACAGCCGAUGAUAUUCUGGGUUCUAGGAAUAUAUGUGCGAAUGUUUAAUUCAUAAGUAAUAAUAUUUAGUAAAAAAGAAAAGCCUGAAUAACAAGGAUUUGGUGUGAGUGUGUGCUGCGGCGUUUGCGCUGUUGGAAGGCAAGCUCAAGCUGCUCUUCGGUGCGCGUGCAGGAGAGCCGUAGCCGUCGGUAAACUGGAGAGCCACACGAUGCCCCGGGACGACAUGAACUCCCUCAUACAAAGAAUCGCGCGGCAAGCACUCGUCACAUUCCGCAAUCCGUCGGCCAUCGGCGCCAACAGCAAAGCGUUUCAGGAGAACCACAACAUACUCACCGGCCUGGUGACCCAAGUGCGCGCGUCCGACCUGAGGAUCACGCCGCGGAAGGCGAACGGCUCCCCGGUGUCCGCACCGCACAACCCGCCCGUCACCUACAUGCAUAUCUGUGAGACGGACGCCUUCAGCAUGGGCGUGUUCCUGCUCAAGAGCGGCACGUGCAUCCCGCUGCACGACCACCCUGGCAUGAACGGCAUCCUCAAGGUGCUCUACGGCAAGGUGCGCAUCAGCUGCUUCGACCAGGUGGAGAAGCCCGGCGACGUGGGCUGCGAGGGCCCGUUCAGCCCGCCGCUGCUGCCGUUCCAGAAGGAGGCGCUGCGGCGCUCCAUGGUGCGCUCUGCCGGGGAGUACACGGAGCAGAGCGCUCCGUGCGUGCUCACCCCGCACAAGGACAACCUGCACCAGAUUGAAGCAGUGGAUGGACCCACCGCCUUCCUGGACAUCCUGGCGCCGCCGUACGACCCGGACGAUGGCCGGGACUGCCACUAUUACCGGGUCCUGCAGCCGCUGUCGGAACCCGGGGCCACGAGGCCCGAGAGCCCCGAGCAGAAGGAACUGCUGUGGCUGCUGGAGAUCCCGCAACCCAGCGAGUUCUGGUGCGGGAGCGAACCGUACCCAGGCCCGCAGGUCUCCCUUUGAGCCGCUUUAGGCUGUGUGGGGAACCUGAGCGUCUGCCUGCUGGACUCAAUGAGGGAUUCUCAGGAUAAGUCUUCUCUGGUGACUCAUGAGGAUACAUCAUUGCUUCGCUUCUCUUCUCUUGUCAGGCUGUCAUCUGUGUUGCUUUCCAAUCUUCUAAGGCUGAAUUCUGCUUUAUGAUUUAAAGUGCUUCUGCCUGUCUCAUAAUACUAGUAAUAAUCUACUUUUCCCCACAGUCCUAUUGAAUGUGUAGUGAUUUCUGAACUUGUUUGUAAGGCAUGUGUUUGUUCUAAUGAUGCAUCUGUGCAGCACAAUUUUUUUUCUUCAAAAUGCAUUUCAUCAUAUCUGGUUUUCUGUAAU